UGGUCUACCUCUUUCUUAAGGAUGGCAGUGAAACUCGGACCUGCGGGUACCCGGCCCGACCCUACCCGGUAAAAGCGGGUAAAAUCUUUGUUGAUCGGGUUUGGGCCGAGUUUGGGUUUAAACCCGAUGUCCUAUUGAAUAAGUUGGGGCGGGUUCGAAUUUGGGAGUAACCGACCCGUGGAUACCCGACCACACCCAAUAACCCUAACAAACAAUCUAACACUUGUUUCCCAAUUUCACCCCAACUCCCAGAAACCCAGACCGCCGCAUCUUCCAUCCUCUCCCUCUCUGAAUUGCAAUUCGCUCGCGAGGCUCCACCUCCCACCGCGGCGCCGCCCUCCCCCUGCUCCGCGCCUCCCUCCCUGACUCCAUUCCCGGCCUUCCGUCCCGACUCCAUUCCCCACGGUCGCCACCCGACCAGAUCUGAGUCUCGUCAUGCGGCCCUCCCCCUACUCCUCCUCUGCUUUGCGCCUCCGCGAGUCAUGGCUCUGCCUCUCACCGACGGUCGACUCAAAACUCUCUUUGAAUCGCGAGACUCCAUCUCCAGUUGAGAGACUCGCCGACAGCAGACCUCCCGUCCCAACUCCAUUCCCGCCACCCGCCGAAAUCCUGGUUCGCUUCUGCUCGGCCUCCCUCUGACCCCUGCUCCUCCUCUGGUCCGCUUCUGCUCGUCCGCCCACAAAAACCCGCGAAUACCCAGCGGGUUAGAUAGGUUUGAGUUUUUCAAACCAAACGGGUUUUACCCUGGGAUUUUUUGGCGGAUAAACCCAUAGAUUUGGGUUUGGUAAAACCCGCCCCAACUCGACCCAUUGUCAUCCCUACUCUUUCCCCAAACGGUCCACCUCUUUCAAUAAUUGGUCCACCUGAUGAACCAUUGCUAGUGAUAUCAUCAUAUAUAAUUAGAGUCCAAUAACAAUAGAUAUGCUUC